GUGAUGUUCGAGUACUACUGCUCUGAAAGGGGGCGCAAUCUGGUACAGAGGCGCGAGCAGGAGGCGAUUUGGGUGGUUAUGUCUGAAUUCAGCGGGUCGGUGAAGGUGUGUGGUCGCCGUAGAGGCCGGUAGGGGCCUUGUCGUCGUCGGGAACGGCGUUGAGCGGCGCUGCGCGAUCCGAAGUGUCACUGUCACGAUCGUGAUGGGCGUCUAUACAACAAAGGCAACUGUGUGAGAGUGACCGUCACAGCCCGCGCUGGGCCGCCGCGACCGCCAUCCGCAACUGACCGCCACACCCUCCGGCCUUGCUCGACCUUCCCCUUCUACUCUUAGUUUGUUAUUUUGCUAUCGUUCUGGAAGAUACAACCCUCCGCUGCCGGGCCUCUAUCUUACGAAAGCCAUCAUGAACGGAACGCGUUCACCCUCGCCUUCUGCUGGUCGGACCCUCGACAUCGAACUGUCUGGUCAAGAAGUCAUUGCAGUUGAUUUGGAUAACCUGGACGCUAAUCCAGAUGACUUGCUGGAAGUGCUACGUGAAUCACAGUCGAAGGUCUGGGUUUGGACGAAGUUGGCUACAGAGUACUGGCGGAAAGGAAAUCUGGACGCCGCAGAGAAGCUCGCGCGUGGUGCUGACGACUGGUUCCAGGCAAACGGGCAGAGGGGUUCUUUGCCGCCAGUAUACUCAUUACUUGCUAAUAUUCAACUCGCGCGCGCGCGCAAAGCACCAAAGCUUGUGCUACAAGAUUCCCGCCAAGAUGAUAUGCGCCAGGAGCAUGCUCAAGCCCACUAUCAUCGGGAAGCAACGCAAUAUAUGAACUUGGGGGAGAAGGCGAUUGCUCAAGCUGCAAUUGAAGGGGCAGGUAGCGAGAAAGAUACUAGCAUACUCACGUUCCUCACGCGAGGCAUAAUCCAGCUGAGCACUCGGAACAUGGACGACGCAUUACGGACUUUUGACGGUGUCCUUGUCACCAAGUCAACUAACCUUGUCGCGCUGUUAGGCAAAGCGAGGAUUCUCUACGCCAAGCGGCAAUUCCCUCAAGCUCUGAGAAUAUUUCAGGAUGUCCUACGCUAUAAUCCAAACUGCGUACCUGAUCCACGAAUAGGUAUUGGGCUGUGCUUUUGGGCAAUGGACCAGAAGGCGAGGGCGAAAGCGGCGUGGGAACGGAGUGUGGAAGUGAAUCCAUCCCAGUGGCCAGCUCAGCUCUUGCUCGGAUUGGAAGCCAUAAACUCAAGUAAGAACGAGAACCAGUCAGAGGAAGAGCGCCGACAAGAAUUUUUGUUUGGUACAAGACUUAUUGAGAAGGCUUUCAAUGCAAACCAGAAGAACUCUGCCGCCAGUAAUGCACUCUGCGAGCUCUUCCUUCGCAAAGGACAGCAUAAACGAGCACUCAAGCUCGCCGAGCGGACUAUCCAGUUCGCUGAUACCCUUACUGUCCUAACAGACGGCUACAUCCGUGCAGGCAGAGUGCUUCAGCAAGAAGGCUCUCAUUCCGAAGCGCAAAAACAUUUCACUGUCGCCAACAAAGGCCAGCCGACUAAUGUCCUGGCUGCAAUUGGCUUGGCACAGACGCAGCUGAAGAAUGAGGAGGCCUUUGCCGCGAUCCACACUCUUGACUUUCUGCUCCAAGCGCAAAACAACAGCGGGCGCUCUGCUGAGGCAGCCGCCAUGCUCGCUUCGCUUCGUGCGCAUCCGAGACCUGGCGUCUCGAAUUCUGAUCAGGCGAAGGAUAAGCAGCGGGCGCGUGAGCUAUUCGACCAGGUAUGCAAGAUGCUGAACCUGCCGGAGCAGGCGCAUACCAUCCUCAACGGCCAUGCCCCUGCUCUGACGCGAUCGCAACGGCAAGUCGCCGAAGACGUUCAGCUUCAUGCGGAGAUUGCGAAGCUGUUCUAUCAAGAGGACGUUGGUCGUGUCGAGCGUGCGUGUCAGGAGGCCGUUCGACUCAGCGAGGCGACGGGUCACCCCGACCCAAGGCUCAUCAACGACCUGGCUGCACUGCGACAUUUGUCGGGGCGUCUUGAUGAGGCGAGGAGCAUGUACGAGCGUGCGCUUACCGACGCAUCGAGCCAAGGUACUCGCGAGAGCGAUAGUAUGGCGACGUCGAUAUUGUACAAUCUCGCUCGAGUGUACGAGGACCAAGGCGAGGAGAUAACGGCAAAAGAUGCAUAUGAGAAGCUGCUCUCUCGGCAUCCAGAGUAUGUUGACGCCAAGAUUCGGCUCGCGCAGAUGCUAGUCGACCUCAAUAGGCACAAUGACGCGCAUGAACUCCUCAAGCAGUCGCUCGCAUCGCAGAACAGCAAUCUCAACCUGCGCGCAUUCUACACGCAUUUCCUAAUCCAGUCUGGUCUGCCGAAGCCCGCGAAGGACUUUGUAUUCUCGACACUGAAGGACCACGAUAAGCACGACAUCUACUCGUUGUGUGCAGCUGGCUGGAUUCAGUACCAUCAGGCACGGGAGAGUCGCGACGCAACUCCAAAGGGCAUCGAGGAGCGCAAACAGGGUUUUCGGCGUUCGGCCGAGUUUUAUGAGAAGGCAUUGCACCUCGACCCCAUGUGUGCCUUCGCGGCGCAGGGACUGGCGAUUGUCACCGCCGAGGAUGCCCUCGGCACGCUGGGUGGUAGCCUCGGGCCCGUCGGGCCUGACGAAGCCAGUAAGCGCGUGAAGAAUGCGCGCGAAGCGCUGGAUGUGUUCGCGAAGGUGCGGGAGUCGUUAGACGACGGGAGCGUGUACUCGAACAUGGGACACUGCUACUACGCGAGCGACGAGUAUGAUCGUGCUAUUGAAAGUUAUGAGACCGCGUCGAGGAAGUUCUACAACAACCACAACGUCAGCGUGCUGCUGUGUCUAUGCCGAUCGUGGUACGCCAAAGCGAACAAAGACCAAUCAUUCGCCGCAAUGACGACAGCACUGCGGUACGCCCAGCAGGCGUUACACCUGCACCCGCACGACAAGGCGAUCACGUAUAACAUCGCCAUGAUUGAACAAAAAGCAGCAGAGAUGCUACUGUCUGUACCGCCGGCGAAGCGGUCGCUGAUGGAGCUACGGCGAGCGAUUGAGCAAGCACAACAUGCACAGAAGCUUUUUCAGUCGUUGGCAGCAGACAAGUCAAAUCAGUUGCCAUACAGCACGGAUAUUGCGGAUCAACGCCGCAAAUACGGCGAAAGCGUGCUGCGUCGGUGCGACGAUCACCUUGCGACCCAACGGCUGUAUGAGAGUGAGACGCAGGCGAAGCUUGAGGAAGCGCGGCGGAAGAGGCAGGAGGACAAGGACAAGCAGGACCAGAUUGAGCUGGAGCGCCUGGAGAAAAUUCGCCAGGACUCGGAAAAGCUGACUGAGGAGCGCAAGCGUGCACGUGAGGAGGCCCUAAGGUGGACAUUAGAACAUCGAGACAGCGACGACGAGAAAGAGCCCCAGAAGAAGGUAAAGAAGGCGCGCCGGACGCGUACCGAAGGAGGCGGCGGGCUCAGCGACGGUGAGGCUGAGCCGCGGAAGAAGCGCCGUGGGAAGUUGCGCAAGGAUGGUGACGGUGCAGACGACGAUGGCGCGUUGUUCAGCGGGGACGAGGACGGCGACAGCCGCCCGGCGCGGAAGCGGACGAAGAAGCGGGUCGUGCGUGACGACGAUGACGAGGAGGCAACUGGGGCGGCGCCGCGUAAAAAGCAGAUCAAAACGAAGGAGUAUAUCUCUGAUUCGGAUGAGGAGAUGGCUUGACCAUCUCUUUCGAAUCCGUUUGCUUUCAUCUUGCUCGGAUCCGCUUUGUCGCUAUGGGAUCCUCUCAAAUUGCUGUACCUAUCAUCGAAGCUCGCCGUUGUAAUGCUAUCUCACCACCCUUGCAU